GAACCUCAUCAAACUCAGACCAACGACCAUUUUCGAGAGAGAGAGAGAGAGAGAGUAGGCAAGGAAAAUUGUCUGAAAGUUUUCUCUAUUCCUUGUUCCACUCGAAAAGGUCUAGGGUUUUUUUCUAGUAGCAAUGGGGGAGAUGGGGAAGAGGAAGCUCGACACGGGGUGGUUAGCGGCGAGAUCGACGGAGGUUAAGCUGACCGGAGUUGAGCUCACCACCACUCACGCUCCCUCCGGCCCUGAUCAGCCGUGGAUGGAGGCUGUUGUGCCCGGAACUGUUUUGGCAACCCUGGUAAAAAACAAUCUCGUGCCGGAUCCUUUCUACGGGUUGGAAAAUGAGUCAAUCAUAGACAUUGCUGAUUCUGGGAGGGAAUACUACACUUUUUGGUUCUUCACAACUUUCCAUUGUAAGCUGUCAGGAAACCAGCACGUGGAUCUGAAUUUCCGGGCAAUCAAUUAUUCCGCGGAGGUAUAUUUGAAUGGCCAUAAAGAAGUCCUGCCAAAGGGGAUGUUUCGAAGACAUUCUCUCGAUGUCACAGAUAUUGUGCAUCCUGAUGAUGAAAAUUUGCUUGCGGUCCUAGUUUACCCUCCUGAUCACCCUGGUAGGAUUCCUCCUGAGGGGGGUCAAGGUGGUGACCAUGAGAUUGGGAAAGAUGUUGCUGCCCAAUAUGUUGAAGGAUGGGACUGGAUGACUCCUAUAAGGGAUAGGAAUACUGGCAUAUGGGAUGAGGUAUCAAUAUCUGUUACUGGGCCUGUGAAAAUAGUGGAUCCCCACUUGGUCUCAGCAUUCUUUGACAAUUACGAGAGGGUAUAUUUGCAUGUAACCACUGGUUUGGUAAAUAAAAGUGCCCGGGUUGCUGAGUGUUCCUUGAACGUCCUAGUGACAACGGAAGUUAAGGGAGGUUUUUGCUUGGUAGAACAUCUUCAAACGGAGCAUGUGUCAGUCCCUCUUGGAGCAUCUGUUCAAUAUACAUUUCCUAAGCUGUUCUUCUACAAGCCCCAUUUAUGGUGGCCAAAUGGCAUGGGAAAGCAGUCGCUGUAUAAUGUUGAAAUUGGUGUUGAGGUAAAGGGAUUUGGGGAGUCCGAUAUGUGGAACCAUCAUUUUGGUUUCCGCAAGAUUGAGAGCAAUAUUGAUAGUGUAACUGGAGGAAGAUUGUUCAAGGUCAAUGGACAGCCCAUCUUUAUCCGCGGAGGUAACUGGAUAUUAUCAGAUGGGUUACUACGGCUUCCAAAGAAAAGAUAUCAGACAGACAUUAAAUUUCAUUCGGACAUGAAUUUCAACAUGAUACGCUGUUGGGGUGGUGGACUGGCUGAGAGGCCAGAGUUUUAUCAUUACUGUGAUAUUUAUGGCCUGCUGGUUUGGCAAGAGUUCUGGAUAACUGGGGACUGUGAUGGACGAGGUGUACCAAUAUCAAACCCAGAUGGUCCCCUGGACCAUGAGCUUUUCUUGCUAUGUGCAAGGGACACCGUCAAGCUUCUGAGAAAUCAUCCUAGUCUUGCUCUUUGGGUGGGGGGAAAUGAACAAGUUCCACCAGAAGAUAUCAACAGGACUUUAAAAGAUGAACUGAAACUCCAUCCAUAUUUUCAGAUCUCAUCUCAAAGUGGAAACUCACAGGAAGAUAUCAUCCCAUUGUUGAAGGAUCCUAGCCAAUAUCUCGAUGGUACGCGAAUCUACAUCCAAGGAUCCAUGUGGGAUGGCUUUGCUGACGGAAAAGGAGACUUCAGUGACGGCCCUUAUGAAAUUCAGUAUCCUGAGAGUUUUUUUAAGGAUGACUUUUAUAAAUAUGGAUUCAAUCCUGAGGUUGGCUCAGUGGGGGUGCCCGUUGCAGCUACUAUCAGAGCAACCAUGCCUCCAGAAGGGUGGCAAAUUCCAUUGUUUAAGAAGUUAUCCAAUGGCUAUGUUGAAGAAGUUCCAAACCCCAUGUGGGAAUACCACAAGUACAUAGCUUAUUCAAAACCAGGCUUGGUUCAUGAUCAGAUUUUGCUGUAUGGAACCCCCACUGAUCUGGAUGAUUUUUGUCUAAAAGCUCAGUUAGUUAACUAUAUUCAGUACCGAGCUCUAUUAGAGGGGUGGACUUCCCGCAUGUGGAGCAAAUAUACUGGUGUUUUGAUUUGGAAAAAUCAGAACCCUUGGACGGGGCUUAGAGGUCAGUUUUAUGACCAUCUCCAUGACCAAACAGCAGGGUUUUAUGGCUGUCGAUCUGCAGCUGAACCAAUCCAUGUCCAGCUGAAUCUAGCCACGUAUUUCGUUGAGGUAGUCAACACUACAUCAGACGAACUUUCUAAUGUAGCUAUAGAAGUGUCGGUGUGGGAUCUGGAAGGAAAAUGUCCAUACUACAAAGUUUUUGAGAACCUCUCUGUACCAUCUAAGAGAACGGUACCCAUCUUUGAGAUGGACUAUCCAAAGUCCAAAAAUCAAAUGCCAGUCUACUUCCUUCUCCUCAAACUAUAUAACAUAUCCGACUAUGGCAUUUUAUCCAGAAACUUUUACUGGUUGUACCUACCGGGUGGAGAUUACAAACUAUUGGAACCAUACAGGAAGAAAAAAGUGCCCCUCAAGAUAACAUCCCAAGUAUUCAUCGGCGUGUCUACCUAUGAAAUCCGAAUGCAUGUGCGAAACACAUCAAAGAAGCCAGAUUCAAAAAAUCUGCUCUACAAGAAUAGAUGCAUUGAAAGAGAUAGCGAUGGUGAUUUUGAUGUGGCGUCACUUGAACCUGUAAAUAGCAGAAUUGAGGAAAAAAUGGAGGGGGGUUUAAUUCGGAGGAUCUUCAGUCGCUUCAAGCACGAAGCCAAUGCUUUGAGGGUGACAGAAGUGAAUGGGACUGAGGUUGGAGUUGCAUUCUUUCUGCAUUUCUCAGUUCAUGCUUCGAAACCGGAUCGUAAAGAAGGUGAAGACACGAGGAUUCUUCCUGUUCAUUAUUCGGACAACUAUUUCUCGUUGGCUCCGGGUGAAGAGAUGCCCAUCAAUCUAUCAUUUGAGGUCCCUCCGGGUGUUACCCCACGGGUUACGCUUCAUGGGUGGAAUUACCAUACUGGGCAUACCAUUCUGUGAGCUUGUGUGAGAUGCCAACCGACUCUUGAGCACUCCCGCGGUUGGAAAUAACAAGGUUAUAACGUCUGAGUCCUUAUUCGAUCUAGCACUUGCUGAAGUACCUGUCAGUGAAUUUGGUAACUUUCCAAAUACCUUUGGCUUCAACUGAAUCAUUAUCUCCCCAAGCAUGAAGUUGCUGUCUGUUUGCAAUGCUCCACAUUGCAUGUACUUUGUAUGUACUCCAACUUUUAAGUACUCUUUGUAGAUUGGCUCAACGGACCGUUGGCGAUAGAAGUAAAAAUAAACCAUGUAGUCUUAUGAGAGACCACAUGAUUCAUUAUCCGAAGCUGUGACGAAAACACGAGAAAGCAUAUGUUGGGGGUCAUCAGUGAUUUAUACUUCCUUCUUGCAUAUGUUUCAAGGAACUGUAUUAUUCCGUUCCCUACAGAACUGUCGUACUUCUUGCAAUUUUUUUUUGUACCUGGUUUGAGCUUGUAAUAUAUACUUGUAAUAUACUAAUAUUUACUCUUCACUGAUCUCCAAUAAUGGAGUUAAAAAUGUAUUGCUAUAUGACACAAAGUGUAAAAAGUGGGGCCUAAUUAUGUGUGUUUAAGUUA